UGGUGAGAAGACUGGCUAGGACAGGACUACAGACAAUCGAAGCUGGCUCGUUCGUGCAUCCGAAAUGGGUGCCGCAGAUGGCUGCUUCCGAUCGAGUACUCUCCUCCAUCCUCACAGCCGAGCCGGACUCUCCAGGUCCUAUAACGUACCAAUGGCUUCUGCCAAACAGCAAAGGCUUAGACAACUUCUUCAGGAUCAUGAAAGGGUCAAGCUCCAGCUCCACUGGGUAUCCUACGCCACCACCCUCGCCUAAGCAUGACUCGGGUCCGGCGAUGAACACAUCGAGUUCGGACCCCAACGCCAUGCCUUCGUCUACGUCUGGCGUAGAUGGCAUGUCCCAGUCUCGCCAAAACACCUUACAAUCACAGCCCAGCCAGAAGCACGAAGUCUCCAUCUUCCUAGCCGCCACCGAGUCCUUUUCCCAAAAGAACACCAACUGCAGCAUCCAAGAGUCUCUCGACCGUUUCGCGCCUCUGAUGCAGCAGAGCAAACAAGAGGGUUACCCGGUCCGAGCCUACAUCUCCGUAGCCCUCGGCUGUCCCUUUGAAGGUCCCGACACAGACCCUCAUGUCGUCGCGAAUCUUGCAGUAAAGUUACUGGAGAUGGGUGCAGAUGAGAUUAGCGUGGCGGACACGACUGGCAUGGGCACCGCGCCUCGUACGCGGACACUCCUCCGAACCCUCCACGAAGCCGGGGUGCGGAACGAAGACCUCGCACUGCAUUUCCACGACACUUUCGGCCAGGCUCUUGUGAACACAAUGAUCUCGCUCGAACAGGGGAUACGCACGUUCGACUCGGCCGUGGGUGGGCUAGGCGGAUGUCCUUACUCGCCCGGCGCAACAGGCAAUGUAAGUACCGAAGACCUGGUGUACACGCUUCACAGCCUGGGCGCGAACACGGGUGUCGAUUUGGAGGAAGUGUCUCGGAUUGGGGGAUGGAUUACGGGCGAGAUUGGGAAGGGAAACAGUUCGAGUGCCGGUAAAGCCACGAUGGCAAGAUUACGUCGCGAAGCUAGCGCCUGAGAACGCCAC